GUGGCAAAACUGGUGAACAGCUGAAAAUGACAUCGUAUCUGGCCCGAGAGGUUUGCCUUGCUAGGCGACAUGAAGAGAUACUCUCUCAGAGAUCAGUGCUGCUACAGCAGAUGGAGACUUAUCUGGGAGACAAAAAGACUAAAAAGACAUGGCAAACUCAAGCAGCUGAUGCAGCUCAUAAAAGGAAUGCAGCACUCCUAAAUACUCUUUACUGGGCGUCAGUAGAAGAAUCUCUUCCCAAGUGGGAACAUUUUCUUUUAGGAAGAGCAGAGUCUCCUAUUGGUUUUAAGAAAAUGAAAUCUACAAAACAGAACAUAAGCUCCCCAGAAGAAGAGUCACAAAAAUAA